AUGGAACCGGCAAAGAUGCAACGACAAGGGAAGAAUUUGUCUACGCGGUCUCCGCAUGGAUGCUCAAAUUGCCGCCGUAGCAAGGUCAAAUGCGACGAGCAAAAGCCAUCUUGUACCCGAUGCUGGCGGAAAGACCUGCAGUGCUCAAGCCCUGUUCAACUGAGAUGGGAAUCAACCUACCGUGAUCGUGGAGUUGCCUUCGGUCGGUCUGGGGUCUGGGCCAAAAGUCUUCCUACGAAGGGACAGGGACAGGGACAGGGACAAGGACAGAGUGCUUCCUUCCCCAACGGCACUACAUGGCUUUCAACACCGACUAUCCAUUCAUGGGCAUUUGUCAAUAAUGAUACGUCCUUUAUCCAGCGACUUAGUGAGGAGGAACAAGACCAUGCUAAGCGGCAUCUCCUACCCGCUUUUGAUGCCAAAAUAGCUAUCGGGGAGCAACAGCCCAAUGAGAUUAUAUUAUCGUCACUCUCAAGUCCGAAAUCAUCUCCUCAUCAGGCAAUAUGCAUUGACGAAGCGUUCACGCCUACCAUUCCAUCGUCUCCCGGGCUAUUUCCGUCCCUCGAUGUAGUAGGGAACCGAGUGCUGUUCGACUACUAUAUCAAUCAAAUAUGCCCUCGAACAGGACAUGGUGCUCUGUCUCAAUCACCAUUUGUAUCUGUCAUUCUUCCUUACUGUAUAUCAGCUCCACCCACAGUGUUGCGAGCAAUCCAAGCGCUAGCCGCCUGCCAUUGGUCUCAAUAUGACCCCCAAUAUACCAACAUCAGCCUACGACUUAAGUCCCGCGUUCUAAUGGACUUUCGAAAGCAAAUUAAUGUUGGCCGAACGGUUCUAGCUUCUAAAGACCGGGAACUCUUGGUGAUUGCAAUGUUCCUAUGCCUCUUCGAUAUCGUCGACCACUGCGAUCAGCAGUGGAUUGUUCACCUCCAAGGAGCAAAAGAUAUCAUUCGGCUUCGAAAGCGCCAGCAGCUCUUAACAGGACCAAAUGAAGGUACACAACAGGAUGAAGUAUCUUCCUUUGUGGAGCUUUUCUUCGCUUUCCAAGACGUAAUGGGCCGGACUGCCUGCGCAAAAGCAGACCUGUUCGGGUCAAGCUAUUGGUGUGAAGACGACAUAACGAUCAAUCCUUGGAUGGGAUGCAGCCCGGCCCUUGUCUCCAUACUAUUUUCAGUUAUGGACCUCAGCAGGUCACGGCGGGACAUGGUCUCGGACGAGGACCAGAUGACCUUCGACCUCCGAGCCAACGCGUUGAACAAUAACCUCGCGCAUCUCAAACAAGAAUGUAGUGUCCCUGAACAAGAUCGGACGAUUCAGCGGGUUGCUGAACUGAAGAAACUCGCUUGUCUUGUCUUUCUAAACUGCGCAUUAUUUGGCGGGCGGCCAUCAGAUCCUUUGAUCAAAAGUUAUAUACGGAACAUGUUGCAGGAGAUUGUUAAGCUCCUAGACUUGGAACGCUCCUGCCAUGUUAUCUGGCCUCUUUUUGUUGCUGCUGUUGAAUUGGACCCGCUUGACGUUGAGCUAUCUGUACACCCAGACACUCAAUCAAUGACAGAUGGGAGAAGGCUUGUAUUUGAAUUGCUCGAGAAGAUGGCCAAGAGCAGUGUCUCGAGCGUCUCUCGGACGCGUGUGGUUAUCGAGCAGGUCUGGAAAGCGCGGGACUUUAGUUUAUCGAGUUCCUCUGAGCCGAAGAGGCCGUCUAUAUCUGAUAUAAAUGACUGGGAACAGUAUGUUGUGCCGGUCAGCGAUGCUUUAAGCUUGGUAUAA